AUGGAGACGUAUCACGGUCAUGUCCGCACCCCGGCGGACGCUAUCAUCCUAUUCGAAGCAUGUCGCAUCGGCCUUCUCCCCCGGGUUCAGAGACGACUGUCCGAAAAAGAGCGCCAGUUGAUCCGGUCUGGCUCAGUCUUUGUCUGGGAUGAACGAGAGGCGGGAAUGCGCAGAUGGACCGAUGGGAAGUCGUGGAGUGCCAGUCGAGUGUCGGGAAGCUUCCUCACCUACCGUGAGAUGGAAGGCAAGCGGGGUGGUACUAGUGUCUCCCAACCCCCUAUCCCCAGGGCCGGCAAGACCCCGGACAGCGCGCGAGGCAGCGAUGACGACCGAGGGGACGGUGCGGACGAGGGCCCGGAUGGCUAUCGAUAUAAGCCCGACGGACUCAUGAAGCAGUCCUUCAGCAUCACGACGUCAACGGGGCAGCAUCUGCAUCUAAUUAGCUACUACUCCCGAUCACACCCUUCCGCCGCUAACCUACAACAACCGUCGUCAGAUCCUGCCUUGCGGCACGUUCGCCCGCAGAAGGGUCUAUAUCCGGAAUCCACAGUCAACGACCAGCAGAACCUCCCCGUGGUGACUCGUGGGCCUAUGGCAGGAGCGACGUACUCGGUCCCUCCUCACCCGAUGGGUCCGUAUCCUCGCUCCGUCGCUUCACAUCCUCAAUCAUACACGCAGACAUAUGCAUGGCCUCCUACACCGCUGGCCACUCCGCCGACCGUUCCAGUGCAUUACCCAUCGUACCUUCCUCCUGUCUCUGCAACCAAUGGCCAGGUCGCCUACGGUCACUCUCAACAGACACACGCAGGCCUACCGCCGCCGCCUCAACCGGGGCUACCCGCGCAUUAUGAUCGAUCCGUCCACCACAUAGAGGCCUCUUUACCCCCAUCCGCUGCACACUCGGGCGUACAGCAUACGACUCUGCCUGUGGUAGCAGGUCGUUCCCCACGACUGGUCACGGAAGCACACGAGAUUCACCCACGGAGCCCUCCGGAGUACGGCCCGGCAGCUGAUCUCCGGCGGGGGUCGCCACGUAUACAUGCUCACCCGGCUGUGCACACUAAUGCCUUGGUCGCUUCGACUCGGAGUCCGCGGCUCCUGAGCCAGGCUCCUCCCCCAAGUUCGGCGCCCAAACUUGCCGAAGCAAGCAGCUCCGGAACGACGGUACCCAGCAUUGGAGCGCUGAUGAACGGUGGGCCACCUAGUAGUGGUUCUCUACCUGCAAUUACGACACCGGGUUCAGGCUCUGGAAGAGCCGAAGGGCCGCGAGAUAUCCCCAGCGAAAAGAUCGGGUUCGGGGGUGAGGACAUGCGAGCUCUCCGACAGCUGGACCGGGUAUUUACAGCCUGA